GAGAGGCGGCGAGAACCGGAGGAGCGCCGAAGAGCCGGGAUGCCAGGCCCGCCCUGGAAGCAGUGGCCGAGCAGAGGUACUACCUGAGCAGGCUAUUCGGCCACUAUGGGCAGGGCGGCAGGAUCUCCUCUGAGGGUCUCCACAGGCUCUUGAUGAGCCUGGGCCUAGGCCAGGUCCAGGUGGUGGAGAUCGAACACGAGAAGCUGGGCCAUGCCCAUGUGUCCCAUCUGGACGCCCUAGAGCUCCAGGAACGCAAGCACAUCCACAGUCACACCACACAGGACCACCUGUCCAUGCUGGCCGGGCAGUCUGGGGGCACCACCGGCCCGGACAGAGGUGCCCAGGGAGCGAGAGCCACCACAGCGUCCAGCCUCAGAUCCUCCAAAUGGACGAAGGACAGGAGGACAGAGACUCCUGCAGCCCGACGGGAUUCCCUGGGAGACGCCCAGGGGAAUGUCCGGGGCUCACUGAUGAUGAUCGGGUCCUGA